GCUCCUGGACUGAACACGGCGAUGGAGAUCUCGGCGUCGCGGCCCGCGCAGCGCACUCUGGGAUCGGAGGAGUACAGUCUGUACAGCAGUUUGAGCGAAGAGGAACUGAUACAGAUGGCCAUCGAGCAGAGUCUGUCUGAAGGGGGCGCCAGCCAACCAGACGUCCACAGCCAGCAGAAGAGGGCCAACGCCGAACCGACCGCCCCCAGCUGGAACCAGAGACCCGCCCACAGACCGCCUCCUCCCGCUAACAGGUCGCCCCCGGGAAACGCCGCCGACGCCAACCAGAACCUCAACCCGGACCGAGGCGGGGUGAUCCGCAAGAGAUACGAUGGGAGCUACUUCCGCACCAGCAUGCCCAUAGAAGCGAACCCCAUCGAGGAGAUGAUCAUGAAGGGAGACGAGGAGGGCCUGAACAACGCCAUGAAGUCCGGGAAGAGGCUGAACGUGUCCAACAAAGAUGGCUGGCUGCCCAUGCACGAGGCGGCCUAUUAUGGAUCCCUGGGCUGCCUGAAGGUGUUACUGAAAGCGUACCCUACGACCAUCGACCAGCGCACUCUGCUGGAGGAAACGGCGCUCUAUCUUGCUGCUGUGAGAGGGCACUUGGAUUGCUUGCAUCACUUGCUGGAGUAUGGAGCCGAGCCGGACAUUGUGAACAAGACGAGGGAGACUCCACUGUAUAAAGCUUGCGAGCGGAAGAGCGCGGACGCAGUGCGGACGCUGGUGGCGUUCAGGGCCGACGUCAACCACAGGUGUAACCAGGGCUGGACGGCGCUGCACGAGGCGGUGGCCCGGAACUCCCUGGACAUCAUGGACAUCCUGGUGACAGCCGGCGCCAAGGUCGAGGCCAAGAACUGCUACGGCAUCACUCCCUUGUUUGUAGCGGCGCAGAGCGGGCAGCUGGAGGCGCUGCGGUACAUCCUGAAGUGCGGAGCCGAUAUCAAUACUCAGGCCAAUGACAACGCCACCGCCCUGUACGAGGCGAGCAAGAAUGGGCACGACCACAUCGUGGAGUUCCUGCUGUCGCAAGGGGGCGGACGCCAACAAGCCGAAUAAGGACGGAUUCUUACCCAUCCACAUCGCCGCCAAGAAGCGGGAUAAUGACGAGAUCGUGUCCAUGCUGAUCCCGGUGACGAGCCGCACGCGGGUGAAGAGGAGCGGAAUAAGCCCCCUGCACAUUGCGGCCGAACGCAAUAACGACGACAUCCUGGAGGAACUCAUUGAGGCCGGCUAUGACGUCAACUUCACGCUCUCCUUCGACCGCGCCAGGCUGUACGAGGACAGACGCAGCACCGCGCUUUACUUCUCCGUCAUGAACAACAACAUUUAUGCCACCAGGCUGCUCCUGGAAGCCGGCGCCAACCCUAACGUGGACAUCCUCAACCCGCUGCUCAUCUCCAUCCGACACGGCUGCCUGACCACCAUGAGGCUGCUCCUGGAUCACGGCGCCAAUAUCAACGCCUUCAUCGCCUCCCCACCCCACCUCCUUCCCGGCCACCAUCAUGUUCUCCAUGAAGUAUCUCAGCUUGUUGAAGUAUCUCAUGGAUCUCGGCUGUGACGCCGACUCCUGCUUUCAAUGCGAAUACGGAAACGGACCGCACCCGCCUGUUGAGGAUGGGAGACGCCGCGACGACGAUCCCCAAAACCAAAAACAGCCCAAAAUCGUUCAGUUUUGUGAGAUGGUGUCCACCCCGGAGCUCAGCCGCUGGGCCGGUCCCAUCAUUGACGUCCUCCUGGAUUAUGUAGGAAACGUCAAGCUCUGUUCGCGGUUGCAGGAACAUUUGGACAGCUAUGCGGACUGGGAGUGCAUCAAGAUAAAAUCAC